AUGGACGGGAGCGGGCGCGGGGAUCACAACGACGAUGACGACGGCGAGUGGGACGAGACGAAUAACGGCGGGCUCCCGCCAGACCCGGCGGAACCCCGUAACAGGAGGUCCGGGGAUGACAGUAACGCGUACGAGGAUGAAUAUGACGAGUAUGGGGAGGAGGGGGAGGAGGGGGAGUAUGGCGAGGGAGGAGAGGGGGGAGGGGACGCGCGGUAUGGGGAAGAGGGGGAGUAUGGAGAAGAAGGGGAGUACGGGGAGGAAGGGUAUGAGGAUUACGAUCCCGAUGACCCCAAUCACCAGCAGCAGCAGCAGCAGCAGCAGCAGCAGCAGGGGUUGAGAGCUGCUCCCCCUCCUAAAGGGCCCGGGCCUGGGACUGGAGAGGGGAAGGAGGAAAACGAGUAUGAUUAUGACGAGUAUGGCGAGGAGGGAGAGUAUGGGGGGGAAGGCGAAGAGGGAGAAUAUGGUGGGGAGGGUGAAGAGGGAGAGUAUGGGGGGGAGGGUGAAGGGGGAGAGUAUGCGGGGGAGGGUGAGGAGGGAGAGUAUGGGGGAGAGGGUGAAUAUAACGAGGGGGAAUACGUUGAAGGAGAGUACGACGAAGGCGAGUACGCUGAAGGGGAAUAUGCAGAAGAAGAGUACGCUGGGGAGGAAGGAGAGCACGGAGAGGAAGAAGCUUAUAACGAGGACGGGGAGUAUGUUGAAGAGGGGGAGGGGGGUGGUGGCGAGGGGGGAAAGGAACAAGCAGCGGAAGGUGGCGAAGGUGAUUAUGAGGAGGGGGAUUACGAGGGUGAGGGGGAGUAUGGGGAAGAGCAUAAAGGGGAGCAUGAAGGAGAGCAUGGGGAAGAGGGUGAGGGGGAGUAUGGGGAAGGGCAUGAGAGGGAGUAUGGGGAAGAGCAUGAGGGGGAGUAUGGGGAAGAGGGUGAGGGGGAGUAUGGGGAAGAGUAUGGGGAAGAGCAUAAAGGGGAGCAUGAAGGAGAGCAUGGGGAAGAGCAUGAAGCGGAGUAUGGGGAAGAGCAUGAGGGGGAGUAUGGGGAAGAGCAUGAGGGGGAGUAUGGGCAAGAGCAUGAGGAGGAGUAUGGGGAAGAGCAUGAGGGGGAGUAUGGGGAAGAGCAUGAGGGGGAGUAUGGGGAAGAGCAUGAGGGGGAGUAUGGGGAAGAGCAUGAGGGGGAGUAUGGGGAAGAGCAUGAGGGGGAGUAUGGGGAAGAGCAUGAGGGGGAGCAUGAGGGAGAGCAAGGGGGGGAGCGUGGGGGACAAAGAGAUGAGUAUGACGACGAGGAUGGCCAUUACAAGUGGGGCAAAGCGGAGCAUGCUGACGAACGGGAUGUGUAUGCUGAAGGGCAGGAGUACGCUGAAGGUGAGGAGUAUGACGAGGAAGGGGAGGAGGGUUAUAGAGAGGGCCCUGAGGGUGGUUAUAUGGAAGGGGGUGAGGAUGCAGGGGAGGAAGGUGUGCAAGAAGAGCGAGAGGGUAAGGACGAUGGUGGUGGGGGUUACAGUGACGAUGAUUAUGGGGCUGAUGAUAACUGGGAUGAAAAUGAGUACGAGGGAGGAGAAAGGGGCGAUGGGGAAAGGCGGGAGGAAGGCCGUGAGGGGGAGGAGCGAGAAGAAGGUGGUGAAGGGGAAGGGGAUGGGCAGGAGGAAGGAGAUAUGUACAGCGAGCGAGAGAGAUACAGAGGGGAGGAAGGGGAGGAGUAUGAGGAGGAAGAUAGGGGAGGGGAAGGUAGUUACAGCGAUGAGGGCGAUAUGUAUGGUGAUGGUAGUGAUGGCAGAGGGGAGGAGCAUGAGUCACGGGGAAGCAGAGAGUGCGAUGACAGGUUUGGUGAUGAGGGUGGUGAAGGUGACUAUAACGAAGAGAGAGAGUACGGGGAUGAUGGGUAUAGUGAUGAUGGUGGUUUUAGGGUUAGUGACACGGGGUCGCGCAGAGAGGGAGAGGUAGAAGGAGAGGGAGAAGGAGAGGGAGAGCAAGGAGAUGAAAAGGUAGAAAGAGAGGGAGAGGUUGAGGGAGGAGAGGGAGAGGGAGAGGGAGAGGGAGAAGGAGAAAGAGAAGGAGAAGGAGAAGGGGAAGGAGGAGAAGGAGAGAGGGAGGAUGGCGGGGAAGGCGAAGAGCGAGAGGGAGGGCCGUUGCAUGCAGGCAUGGAGAGGGGGGAGAGUGAGUAUAGCGAGGGAGACGAAGGGGAGUACAGCGAAUUGGAGCGCAAUGUGGGGAGAGAUGGAUUCAGAGACGAGCAGGAGGGAGAGGGUGAUGAUUAUGAUGAUGGACGGAGGUAUGGUGGGGAAGAGGAGGAUGGGAGUGAGGGAGAGAGAGAGUGGGGUGAGAGAGGGGAGGAAGGUGAGGAGAGAGAUAGGGAGAUUAGGGGAGGGGAAGGGGAGGAGGAGGAAGAGGGAGCAGAGGGGGAGUUGCGAGGGAGAGGCCGAGGGGGGGAAGAUGGUUCGGAGGAGGGAGGAGAUGAUUUGUAUGGUGAGUCGGAGGGUUCUGAAGCAGAGGAAUGGAGGGAGCAGCAGGCACGAGAGGAGCAGCACCGGGAAGGACAGGACGAGGUUGAAUAUGGUUAUGAUGAUGGUGACGCUGGUGUAGCUGAGGAAGAGGACGAGGAAAGGCGGCAUCAGCAACAGCAGGAAGGGGAGGAGCAGCAGGAGGAGGAGGAAGGGCAGAGGGAUGGCGAGGAGGAGAAUGAGGAAUUCAGGAGGGAUGGGAGGGAGGAGGAGGGGAUGGAGAUGGAGGGGGAAGAGAGGGGCGAGGACAGAGAUUUGUUCUCAGAUGAGGAUAGAGAGGAGGAUAGAGAUGCAGGUAGAGAUGUAGAAGGAGAGGAAGAUGGAGAGGACAGGGAUUAUUACAGGGGAGGAGAUGGAGGAGGAGAGAGAGGGGAACAUGGAGGAGAGGAUGGUGAUUAUGGUGAGGCUGAAGGGGAGUUUGAUGGUGGGGAAGGAGGAGGGGGUGACAGUGCUGCUGGGUCUGCUGCUGCACGCAGCAUUGGUGGGAGUGAGUAUGGCGGCGAGGGGGAGAGCGUGCGCGGGAGUGAGUAUGGCGAUGGUGAUCUGUAUGACGGCGAUGGUGCAAGUGAUGACGGCAGGGAGGAGGACGCUGGUGAUGUGGAUGGUGGUGGGGAUGGUGGUGGGGACAAUGAUGGAUACGGGCAGCAUGAAGGGUAUGAGGAUGAGGAGGAGGACGCGGAAGCGAGGGCAGUGGAGGAUGAAGGGGAGAGAGGGCAGCAGCAGCAGCAGCAGCAACAGCAGGAAGGAGAGGGUGAAGAGGGUUAUGAGGAUGGGGAAGGGGAGAGAGGAGGAGGUGGGGAGCGUGAGGGAGAGGAUGAAGGGGAGGAGCUGUAUGGGGAGGAGUAUGAUGAGUACGGGGAUCGAGAGGAGGGAGAGGAGGGUGAUGAGGGGCGCGAAGUUGGGAGAAGAGUGGUGCGUGGAGGGGUGGAGGAGGGGAAUGAUGGGGGGAAAAGGGAGGAUGGGGAGGAGAAAAGAGAGCAUGAUGAGGAGGAGGAUAUGUAUGGUGAAGAGGAUAAAGAUGAGUAUGAUGAGGAUGGUUAUGGUGAUGGGCAUGAGCGGGACAUGUAUGGGGAUGAAGAGGAGGAGGAUGGUUAUGGGGAGGGUGAUGGGUAUGGGAGGCAGGAGCAGGAGUAUGGGGAGGAUGGGGAGGGGGGUGUUUAUGCUGAUGGGGAUGGUGAUGCAGAUGGUGAUGCAGAUGGUGAUAUGGGAGAAGAGGAGCCUAGGCGUUUCUUGGAUGGGGAACAUGAAGGGGGGCUGGAGGGAGAAGGGGAUGAGGAGGAGGGCGAGAGAAGGGAAGAGGAAAGUCUGGGAGACGAGGGGCGUGCAGAGGAAGAGUAUGAGGGAAGCGAUGAUGGUCGAGGAGGUGGGAGGUUGGAUAAGGAGGAGGAUGGCUGGAGGGGCGAUGGGAGUGAGAAGCAGCACGCAGGGGAAAGACGGUUGGAUGGUGACGGGGAGGAGGUGUGGGAUGGGGAGGAGAGGGAGGUGUGGAGUGACGAAGACGGGGAGAAUUGGAAUGGGGGGAGAGGGGACGGAGACGAGGGGAGCGAUGGUGAGAGGUACGAGAGGGAGGAAGGAGAGGGAUGGAGUGAUGAGGAGAGGGAGAGGUGGCGAGAGGAGGGAGAGGGGGAGGGGGAGGAGGAGGGAGAGGGUGAAGGGAGAAGGAGACACGCAGAGAGCGAAGACGGGGAGGAGCGGUGGACUCGGGAGGAGGAUUAUGAGGGGGCGGAGAGAGGUGGAAAAGAGGGGUUUGAUGCAGGAGCGAGAGGGAAGAGCGGGCAAGGCAUGGUCAAGCGAGUCAACGGAGAGAUUCUCCCUGGAAGUGGGGGUAUGAACGGGCGGGGAGGGUCUGAGGAUUAUUCUGAUGAGGAAGAGGAAGAGAGGGAUGGGGAGGUGGAGGGGGAGGGAGAGGGGGAAGUGGGUGGGGUGGUAGGGGGUGGAGAUAAGGGUGAAGUGCGGGUGUAUGAGGUGGGGGCUGGGUGGGAAGAAGGGGGUAGUGAGGCUGGGGGUUUGGACUCUGGUGGGGCUGGUAGUGUGGUGGAAAGAGCAGAUGUCAGGGAGAGCGACGAGGAGCAAGAGGCGAGAGAGGAGAGAGGGGAGGGGGAGGAGGGAGGGUCUGUGGUGGAUGGGGAGGAAGAGAGGGAGUAUGGUGAGGGAGAGAGUGACGGGGAGGAGAGAGACAGGAACAGCAGUACAGCAAGGUUUGCAGCAGGAAAAGAGAGAAAGGAGGUAGAGGAGGAGGAGCAUGCAGAAGGGGAGGUGGGGGAGGAAGAAUAUGAGGAGCGGGGUUAUGAGGAGGAAGAUGUGAGGAGGGAGAGGAGGGCGGGGAGGGGUUCGGGGAGUUUCAAUGGCAGUGGGAGCUGGGACGAGCGGGAAGGCGAAGAGAGAGAUAGAGAGCGGGAUAUGUAUGGUUCCGGAUCGGAAGACUUUGAGUAUGAGAGGGAUGGUCGGUACGAGAGAGAGGGGCGGUUUGACAGAGAGAAUGAGUAUGAUGAGUAUGGAGAUGAAGACGGUGAGGAGGGGGAUGAGUACGAGAGAGGUGGAAAUGGGUAUAGGGAGCAUGGGGAGCGCCUCAACAGGAGAGGCUCGUUUGGGGAUGAGGAUGAGGAUGAGGGUGGUAAUGGUGUGCAUGAGGGAGGGCGGCCCAGCAGCGAAGACGCAUCGUCUGUGUCACAGGGACGGGGGGAAGGAGAGGGAGGGGAAGGUGAGGGCGGAAGGGAUGGGUUUGCCCUGUUCAACCUUCCAGCAGGGUUGUCCCUAGGCAUGCCACAAGGCUUGCCAGAAGGCCAGCCUGUUGACUACUCCGUUGGGGACCUGGAGAAGGCGUUUCGUGCCAUGCAAUCUGGUGCUGCUGCUGAUGCGGGAUCGAAACCAGGUGCACUGGGAACGGGGAAGGCGAGGGAGGGAGCGACAGGGGCAGUGGAAGGGGGUGGAGAUGGAGGAGAGGGAGGAGAGGGGGAGAAGGGGGGGCGAGCGGGGUUUGCGCUAUUUGAUCUGCCUGCUGAAAUGGCGAAUAUCCCCCUGGGCCAACACGUGGACGAAUCAGUGGGCGACCUGUGGAAGGCGUUUCAAUCAGCUGCAGCAGCUGCAGGAGCAUGGAAACGGGUUGGGCGUGCCGGCAACCGCCCUCUCAACAGCCCGUUAUCAGCCAUGGGAAGCCCUUUCGGCAUGUCUGAUCCGUCCUUUCCAUCCCCAGCCUCCCACUCCCCCAACACACUCCCCUCGUCCCCGGGGGGUGGGAAGGCGGGUGGAGCAGGGGAGGCAGCAGCAGCGGCAGGGGGAGAGGAUGUGGGCGUGGAGAAUCGGAAGCUGCCGGAAAACGUGCUGCAGCUGAUGCGGGAGAAGAAACCGGUUGUGCAUGGCAAGGCGGAGCGCGAUGAUGACGAGGAUGAGGAUGACGAUGAUGAUGAUAGUCUGAUGGGGGGAGAGGUGCGCGCACGGGACGAAGAGGAAGAGGAGGAAGAGGAGGAGGAUGGGGGGGGAGCGGGAGGAGGGUUUGGGAUGCUGGAUCAGCUGUUGAAUUUCCAAGGCGCAGGGCCUCCUGCGGGCAUGGGCAUGGGCAUGCUGAUGGGGGGGGAUGGAGGCUUGCCGCUUUCGGAUAACGCUCCUGCUGGCUUGGCUGGUGGCUUUGGAGAACUGCUAGCCGCCAGUGCUGCCCUCCUCGGCCCCAACAGCAGUGCUCUGCCUAAGCCUCCCCAGGAGGGCCCUGAUUCUCCCGACAGUGGUCCGUUAGCCGGGCUUCUGAGCAUGCAGAAUGACAUGGGAGGGAAGGGCGGUGGGGGCCUGGCGGGGGGGUUUCCGACGGGUGGCGGGCUGGCAGGCGCGUUUGCGCGGUUGCAGGAGGAGGAGAAGAGGGGGGGAAGGGGGAAGGAGGGGGAGGGGGAUGGUGUGGGGGAAGGGAAGGUGGGGAAGGCGGUAGGGGGCACACCGCGUGUGACUCGUGUGAGGUUUGUUGAAGAGCCUGAGGAGUGGGGGGCAGGGGAUGUGCAGGAGGAGGAGGAGGAUGAGGAGGAAGUGGAUGAGGAGGAGAGAGGGGAGGAUGAGAGAGCGGAGGGGGAAGAGCUUGAGGGGAUGGAAGAGCAGGAGGAGAGGGAAGAGGAGGGGGAUGAGGGGGAGGAAGGGGAUGGGAGAAGGAAAGGUGAUCGAUCGGGUGAAGGGGAAGGGGAAGGGGAGGAGGACGAGGAAGGGUACUACGAGGGAGGGAGGAGCAGGGAUAGGGAGCAGGGCGAGGAGGAGUAUGGGAGGGAGGACGAUAUGUAUGAAGAGGAAGGGGAUGGAUACCCGAGGGGUGAUUAUGAAGGUGAGGACGGGGAGGAGUUUGGAGAUGAAAGGGAGGGAUAUGAGGGUGAGGAAGGGCGGAUGGGUGGAGGGGAGGCUUAUGAGGAUGAAGAGGGAGCGUUUGAUGAGUAUGGGGAGGAAGGGGAGGAAGGGGAGGAAGGGGAGCGGAGAGGGAGAGAGGGGUAUGACGAAGAGGAGGAGGGUGUUGGAGAGGGAGGGCAGAUGAGGGAAGGGAGUGUGGGAGGGAGUGAUGACAUGUAUGGGCAGGAGGGGCAUGAGGGAGAGAUGGGGCAGGGGAGCGGGGAGAUAUAUGGAGAGGGGGAAGAUGGGGAGAUGUAUGAGGGAGGGGAAGGGGGCGAGAUGAAUGAAGGGGAUGGCGUGGGGACGGGUUAUGGGGAGGAGGGGUAUGAUGAGGGGGAAUAUGGGCAGGUGGAGGGGGCAGAGCAGGGGGAGUAUCAGGAGCAGGAAGGGUAUGAAGAGGAGCAGGCGGGGUACGAGGAGCAGGGGGAGGGGUUUGGUGAAGAGGAGGGGAUGUAUGGAGAGGGAGGGGAAUACGAGGAGGGGCAAGGGGGGGUGCAUGGGCAGGGGUAUGAAGGAGAGGAAGGGGAGUAUGGGGGCGGUGGUGAGGGGUAUGAGGGAGAAGGACAGUAUCCUGGUGGGGAGGAUGAUCAGUAUCCGCCAGGGGAAGAGUACCCUCCAGAGGGACAGUACUUGCCAGGUGAUGAGGGGUAUGAUGGGCAAUACCCUCCUGAUGACCAGUAUCCCCCAGACGAGCAACAGAGAGGAGGGUAUGGAGGAGAGGCAGAGGAGGGGUAUGGUGGCGAUGGGAAUGUGGAUGGGCAGUUUGAGGAGGGCAUGCAAGGAGAGGGGUAUGGGGAGAAUGAGUAUGAGGGGCCUGGUGGGCAGGAGGAGGGGUAUGGGCAAGAGGGGGAAUAUGGGCAGGAGGGGGAGUAUGGGCAAGAGGGGGAAUAUGGGCAGGAGGGGGAGUAUGGGCAGGAGGGGGAGUAUGGGCAGGAGGGGGAGUAUCAUGAGGGAGAAAUGUUGCAGGAAGAGGAAGAGUAUCAAGGGGAUGAACAGUAUCAGGGAGACGAGCAGUAUCAGGGAGACGAGCAGUACCAGGGAGAAGAGCAGUAUCAGGGAGACGAGCAGUAUCAGGGAGAAGAGCAGUAUCAGGGAGAAGAGCAGUAUGAUGAAGUGGGGGAGGGGUAUAACGAGGGGGAUGGGUAUGUCGAGGGGCAGGAGGAGGGGCAUGACAUGGGAUAUUCGGAGGGUGGUCAGUAUGGACAGGGAGGGGAAGAGGGUGGUGCAGGGGAUGGUUAUGAAGGCGAGGAGGUGUAUGGGGAAGGAGGAGGGUAUCCGGAGGGAGAGGGGUAUCCGGAGGGAGAGGGGUAUCCGGAGGGAGAGGGGUAUGGGGAGGGCAUGGGGCCGCAUGGGGAAGAGGGGCAGGGGUAUGGAGAGGAAGAGGUAGAAUAUCAUGGUGAUGAGCAGCAGUAUGAGGGAGAGGAGGGAUACGAGGGCGAGGGGGGUUAUGAAGGCAGUCCCAUAGCACACAUGGGCCCAGGAGGGGAGUUUGGUGGUGGAAUGGCUGGUGAUGGUUAUGGGGAGAUGGAGGGGCAACAGGGGUAUGGGCCGGAGGAUGGGCAGUAUAUGGGGCAUGAAGGGGAGCAGUAUGAUGGAGAAGAGCAGUAUCACGAGGGGGAGCAGUAUAACGAGGGGGAGCAGUAUAACGAAGGGGAGCAGUAUAACGAGGGGGAGCAGUAUAACGAAGGGGAGCAGUAUAACGAGGGGGAGCAGUAUAACGAGGGGGAGCAGUAUAACGAGGGGGAGCAGUAUAACGAAGGGGAGCAAUAUAACGAAGGGGAGCAGUAUAACGAAGGGGAGCAGUAUAAUGAGGGGGAGCAGUAUAACGAAGGGGAGCAGCAGUACCAAGAAAACGGCCAGGGUGCGGAGCAAUACGAGGGGCAGUAUGGAGGUCCCGAGGGGCCUGGGGAAUACCAUGAGGGGUACCAAGAGGAAUACCCAGAGGAGGGAUACCAAGAUGGGGAGUAUCAUGGGGAAGGGGAGUACCAGGGGGAAGGGGAAUACCAGGGGGAAGGGCAAUACCAGGGGGAAGGGGAAUACCAGGGGGAAGGGGAAUACCAGGGGGAAGGGGAAUACCAGGGGGAAGGGGAAUACCAGGGGGAGGGGGAAUACCAGGGGGAAGGGGAAUACCAGGGGGAGGGGGAAUAUCAUGGGGAAGGGGAGUACCAAGGAGGAGGGGAAUACCAGGGGGAGGGGGAGUAUCCGGAUGGGGAAUACCAUGAUGGUCAGGGCGGGUACUAUGAUGGGGCAGGGGGUGGGGGCGGUGGUGGUGCUGAAGGUGAUGCUGCUGCUGAUGGGCAGUACAUGGGUGGUAGUGACGGUGCAUAUGGUAUGCUACAGGGGCAGCAGGAGGAUGGGUACAUGGGGGAGCGGGACCAGGCAGGCUUGCAGGGAGCCCCUCUCCCUGACGGGCAUUACCCUGAUAGCCCCUACCCUGGCGGCUCUCCUUACCUCGACCAGCAACAGCAGCAGCAGCAGCAGCAACAGGGGGGGAAUGGGGAUGAGCAGCAGGAGUAUGGGGAGGGCGCGGGCAUGACCCCGUAUCCCGAGGACGGGGGGAUGAUGAGUCCGUUUGGGGAUGGUGGCGGUGGGCAGUAUGAGGAAGGGCAGUACCAGGAAGGGCAGUACGAGGAAGGGCAGAUGAGCCCCUACCCCCACCAUGGGUACCCCGACGGCAGCGGUGGGCAUGGGUAUGAAGGCGAGCAGGCAUAUGGUGGCGAGCCGGGGUAUGGUGACGGGGAGGGGUAUGGCGAUGGGGAGAUGAGUCCGUACACACCCCAGGCACCCCUCAGCCCCUUCCCCGACCAGCAGCAGCAGCAGAGGCCGAUGAGUCCGCUUCAGGGGGACAGGCCUGGUAGUCCGUACGGUGGAAUGCAAGCCCCUGGCAGCCCGUAUCACCAUGAGCAGGCGCCUGGGAGUCCGUACCACCAUGAACAGGCCCCUGGCAGCCCGUACCAUCACGAGCAGCCCCCUGGGAGCCCGUACCACGAGGAAGGCGGCGCAGGAGGAGGCGGUGCGUUCUAUGAAGAGCGCUUGGGAAGCCCAUAUCACCAGCAGCAGCAGCAGCAGCAGCAGCAGCAGCAGAAUGGUGUUAGAAACGCCCCUGGGAGCCCCUACCACGAGGAACGGUUGGGGAGCCCUUACCACGAGGAACGGCUUGGGAGUCCGUACCACCAGCAGCCGCAUCAGCAGCAGCAGCACGGGCAUGAGUAUGAGCAGCGGGUGGGAAGCCCGUACCAUAUGGAACCGCCAGGAAGCCCAUAUCAUGAGGAGGGGGUGGGAGGGGGGUAUGGAGGGGAGGGUGUGGACGGGGGGUUUGAUGGGCAGCAGGGAAUGGCAGGGGGCGGGGGCGGGCAGUGGGAGGGGCAGUAUGGGGAGGAGAUGAAUGGUGGUGGGGAUGGGUAUGGUGGGAAUGGGUAUGGGUUUCAGGAGCCGCUGACGCCUGCUAGUCCGCAUGAGUAUGCCAUGGCGUUGCAUCGAGAGCAGCAGCAGCAGCUGCAGGAGCUGCAGCAGCACCAGCAGCAGCAACAGCAGAUGCAAAUGCAGCAGCAGCAGCAGCAGCAGCAGUUGGGGCAGGGGCUUAGGCUUGCCCGCCCAGAUUCGUCUCGCUCCUCUGACCGCCCCCCUAGCCGUGUCUCUUACCAAGAUGACACAGACAGCCGUCCGCCCAGUAGGGUAUCUUACGCUGAGUCAGACAGCCGACCAUCCAGCCGCAUGUCUCGAAGAGGGGCGGCAGGGCCGGCAGGAGCAGGAGGCGGGGGGGCAGGCGGGGUAAGAGGCGGGGGAGAAGUGGGGGAGGAAGGGUACGCUGCGUUUGGGUUCUACGGGCAGCCGUCCCCACGGUUUGGAGGGGUGGGGAGGGAUAUGGAGCGGCCGACGAGCCGGCAGAUGAGCCGGGGCUUUUCAGGCGGAGGUCCCUUGGGAUCUCCGAUAUCUCUGGGCGGCGGUUUGGGUGGCGGGAUGGGCGGUGGGAUGGAGGAUGAUUCUUAUGCGGAGAGUGCUUAUAUCGAGCAUAAGAUGCCGACUCUACGUGCCGAGGGGCUGCCUAUGGCCCCUCCGGAUGAUCCCAAUGACAUGCCUGCAAUCUCCUUUGAUAGAGUCACAUCCAUCCGAGGACCUGCAGGCGGCAUGGGAGGAGGAAGAGGAGGAGGAGGAGGGGGGUUUGCGUUUCCAUCUGCAGGGCACGGGGAGGAGUAUGGGGAGGACGAGGAGGAGUAUGGGCACGGGGGCGGGUAUGGCAUGAUGGGGGGGUAUGAGGAUGUGGGAUUCACGAGCAUUGGCGUGGGGGCAGAGCUAGGGCCUGUUCCUGAGGUGGAUGAAGAUGCAUUAUUGGAAGAGGAGGAGGAUGAUCAAACCCCAGGGUUGUUCUCUGCAGGGGAGUUUGAUGGGCGGCAGGUUGAGGAGGGAGAGGUGGAGGGAGAGAGUGACGGGGAGGGCGAAGGGGAGGGUGAGGAAGGCGAGGAGGGAGAGGUGGAGGGUGGCGAGGAGGGAGGGUAUGAGAACGGGGGGUAUGCUGAGGGAGGGUAUGGCGACGGGGGGGUUGGAGGGAAUGGGGUAGGUGGCGAAGGGUACGAGGAGGAGGGAGGAGAGGGGGGGUAUUACGGGGAAGGUAUGGGGGGAGAUGGAGGUAUGGGGAUGGCUGGAGGGGGAGAUUACAGAGGAGACGAGGGGGGGUAUGGGCAGGAGGGGCAAGAGGGAGGGGGAUAUGGUCCGGGAGGAGCUGCUGGUCAUGGCGCCAUGGAGCUAGACUCGUUUGUUGACCUGUGCCUGGAUGAAAUGGUUCCUUCUGGGAAAACCGAGCAGCUGCUGCAUCAGCAGCACGAGCAGCAGCAGCAGCAGCAGCAGCAACAGCAAGGGAGGGGUGGGGGAGGAGCAGAGGAGACGAGCAGUGGCAGUGCGAGGGGCUCGGGCAAUGGCACUAGGGCAGGGAUGGUGGCUGGUGGUGGUGGAGGGGAGAGCAGCAGUGCGAGUGCGAGUGAUGGGUUGACCACGGAGGGAUCGCAGGCGUUCAUGCUGCUCACCAACCGCAGCCCUGCCAUCACCGAGAGGGAAUUCCGCCCCUUUCUUCGCCAUGACAUACCCAUGGUCGUCCCGCCGUCCCCCGACUCUCUCGCGCACGCAGCAGCGCUCCUAACAGCAGCGCAGGAGCACGAGCACCAGCAGCAGCGCGCGCUCGGCUUCGGCGGCCUGGACCGCCGACUCCUCCUCUGCAUCCUCUCCACCAUCGACUCCCCCCGCGACUGGCUCUCCUUCUCCCUCGCGUGCAAGCCCUGGCGCGCAGCAGCCUACUACGGGCUCCGUUCCCUUCGCCUGCACCGGGGCCGGAGGGUCAACACGAACGGGCUUAUCCGCGCGCUCUCCCACUGCCCGAAUCUCACCGCGUUGGAUAUACCAGGAAUGAGCCUCGACCAGCCGGUUAGCAACGACCUGCUGUGCACCAUUGGGUAUUCAUGUCCGGACCUCCGGCACUUGUCUAUAGGCGGUGAUCCUGAGCUGGGGUAUUCGUUUCGGGAGUCGGGGCUCGUGCUGCUGUUCUCUGGCUGCACGAAUCUCGUUGACCUGCGGCUGGAGGCGUUUCAGAGGAUUCAGAACGGCCGUCACCACAUCCGCCUUCCCGACUCCAUCGGCCGUCUCUCCGCCCUCCGAUCCCUCGAGCUCGCAUUCACCUACCCAGUCUGCGUGCCGCCCUCCCUCUGGUCCCUCACAUCUCUCCGCGUGCUCCGCCUCGUGGGCUGGAAGGGCCUUGCUCUCCUCCCCAACUGCCUCGGCGAGCUAGCCAGUCUCCAAAUCCUCGACCUCCGUUGCUCCGAGCUCGUAGAUCUCCCCCCCUCCGCCGGGCUCAUCCGCUCACUGCACGAGGUGGUCUGGGAAACCAAGCGCACGCGGGAGCUCGAGGCCUUUGGCUCAUCGGUCCCGCCAUCCAUUGUCGACUUCCCCUCCAUCCGCCGACUCACACUCAAGAACGUCUGGACCGUCUCGGGAGACAUCCAGCACCUCUCCGCGCUCACUCGCCUCGAUAUCUCCGGAGCUAAAGGCCACCUGCGCUCUCUCCCCGAGGCUAUCGGCAGCCUGCCGAACCUCACCCAUCUGGACGUGCGCGGGUCGUUCCGAGCCAUACCAUCCUCCAUCGGCCGUCUGCGCAAGCUCGAAGUUCUCCGGCUGCUCAGCGAGGUCCUCGAGGUGUUACCUCAGGAGCUCGGGGACCUCACCAGCCUGCGCCAGUUGCGCCUCGACGGUUGCCGCGCCAACCCGCCUCUCCCGGACUCCCUCUGGCAGCUGCAGCAGCUGCGGGUGCUCUCCAUGCCAUGCGACCGAGUCCCGGACGAGAUCGGCGACCUGCAGUCACUCCACGCGCUCGAGAUCGACUGUGACACGUCCCGAUCCUCCCCGCACCACGCGCUGCCCGCACGCAUCGGCUGGCUGAGAGAACUCAAGGAGCUCCGCCUCGUCUGCCCCUACCUCCGCUCCCUCCCAGCCUCCUUCGUCUCCCUCUCCUCGCUUCGAGAGCUCCAGCUGCAAUUCGCCGGCCCGCUGCCCAAAGACUUUGGCCUCCUCACCUCGCUCCGCCGUCUCGUGCUCGACAGCCGGGAAGUUUACGCGCUGCCCGAGUCCUUCGGCGACCUGACCGGGCUCGAAACCCUAACCCUCGUAGGGGAGAAGCUAUCCACGAUCCCAGAGACGUUCGGAAACCUCUCCUCGCUCCGCUCCCUCUCUCUCGUCAACUGCUCAGGUCUCACCAGCCUGCCUGCCUCCUUCGGCGAUCUUUCCAGUCUCACCAGAUUCGAGGCGUCCUGUCGGGAUCUUGCAUGGCUGCCCGUGUCUAUUGGGAACCUAUCAGCGCUGCAGGUGCUGGAGGUGCAGAGCAGGCGUUUGUCUCAGCUGCCCGAGUCGUUUGGGAACCUUACCUCCCUGCACACGCUCAAGCUGCACUGUCCCAUGCUGCGCUCUCUGCCUGCUAGCUUCAGGCAGUUGCCUGAAAUGGUCCGUGCUCAUGCUGGCGUGAAGCUGUAUGUGAGUUAG